UCUGUGGUUCUCCGCGCGCGCCCACCCGCCGGAGGGGAACCGAGGGGGCUGGAAAGGAAGCAGCUUCCUGCUGCGUUGUUUUGGGCUCCGAGGGAUGUAAAGGGGAGGGAGCAGACGGAAGAAACAAACACUACGUAGCGGAGGCUGCGCGAGGUCCUCGCUGCCUGCGUGCGUACGUGCGUGCGCUCGCCCGCGCGGGCUCAGUGCUGGCGCGUGAGGCGGAGGCGGGCGGCGGCGGCGCCUGCGCGGUCAGGCUCGGUCGACGGUUCGCAGGGGAGGAGGCGGCGGGAGGCGGAGGAGGCGGCGGCGGCGAUGGAGGUGAAGCGGCUGAAAGUGACCGAGCUGCGGUCGGAGCUGCAGCGGCGGGGCCUGGACUCGCGCGGCCUCAAGGUGGAUCUGGCGCAGCGGCUGCAGGAGGCGCUUGACGCCGAGAUGCUUGAGGACGAGGCCGGCGGUGGCGGGGCCGGGCCCGGUGGGGCCUGCAAGGCGGAGCCUCGGCCUGUGGCCGCGUCGGGCGGCGGCCCGGGCGGGGACGAAGAGGAGGACGAAGAGGAGGAGGAGGAGGACGAGGAGGCGCUGCUUGAGGACGAGGACGAAGAGCCACCCCCUGCCCAGGCCUCGGGCGAGGCCGCGCAGCCGCCGCCGGAGCCCCCGGAGGCCGCAGCCACAGAGGCCGUGGCCGAGUCCGAUGCUUCCGAGAAACCAGCGGAGGAGGCCACGGCCGGGUCAGGUGGGGUAAAUGGUGGCGAAGAGCAGGGCACCGUCAAGGGGGAGGAAGAGGAACCGGAGGAGCGGAGCGGGGACGAGACGCCGGGAUCCGAGGCGCCGGCUGACAAGGCCGCGGAGGAACAGGGAGAUGACCAAGAUAGUGAAAAGUCAAAACCAGCAGGCUCAGAUGGUGAGCGGCGGGGGGUAAAGAGACAGCGGGAUGAGAAGGAUGAACAUGGCCGAGCUUACUAUGAAUUCCGAGAGGAGGCUUACCACAGCCGCUCAAAGUCUCCACCACCCCCAGAAGAAGAGGCAAAAGAUGAGGAAGAGGAUCAAACUCUUGUGAACCUGGACACAUAUACCUCGGAUCUCCAUUUUCAAGUGAGCAAAGACCGCUAUGGAGGGCAGCCGCUUUUCUCAGAGAAGUUCCCCACCCUUUGGUCUGGCGCAAGGAGCACUUAUGGAGUGACAAAGGGGAAAGUUUGCUUUGAGGCCAAGGUAACCCAGAAUCUCCCAAUGAAAGAAGGCUGCACAGAGGUUUCUCUUCUUCGAGUUGGAUGGUCUGUUGAUUUUUCCCAUCCGCAGCUUGGUGAGGACGAAUUCUCUUAUGGUUUCGAUGGACGAGGACUCAAGGCAGAGAAUGGGCAGUUUGAGGAAUUUGGCCAGACUUUUGGGGAGAAUGAUGUCAUUGGCUGCUUUGCUAAUUUUGAAGCUGAAGAAGUAGAACUUUCCUUUUCCAAGAAUGGAGAAGACCUAGGCGUGGCAUUCCGUAUCAGCAAGGAAUCCCUGGCAGACCGGGCCCUCCUACCCCAUGUCCUCUGCAAAAAUUGUGUUGUAGAAUUAAACUUUGGUCAGAAGGAGGAGCCCUUCUUCCCACCACCAGAAGAGUUUGUGUUCAUCCAUGCUGUGCCUGUUGAGGAGCGCGUGCGCACUGCAGUCCCCCCCAAGACCAUAGAGGAGUGCGAGGUGAUCCUGAUGGUGGGACUCCCUGGCUCUGGAAAGACCCAGUGGGCACUGAAAUACGCAAAGGAAAACGCUGAGAAAAGAUACAAUGUCCUGGGAGCUGAGACUGUGCUCAAUCAAAUGAGGAUGAAGGGGCUCGAGGAGCCAGAGAUGGACCCCAAAAGCCGAGACCUUUUAGUUCAGCAAGCCUCCCAGUGCCUUAGUAAGCUGGUCCAGAUUGCUUCCCGGACAAAGAGGAACUUCAUUCUUGAUCAGUGUAAUGUGUACAACUCUGGCCAACGGCGGAAGCUAUUGCUGUUCAAGACUUUCUCUCGGAAAGUGGUGGUGGUUGUCCCCAAUGAGGAGGAUUGGAAGAAGAGGCUGGAGUUGAGGAAGGAAGUGGAAGGAGAUGAUGUGCCUGAGUCUAUAAUGCUGGAGAUGAAAGCCAACUUCUCUCUGCCUGAAAAAUGCGACUAUAUGGAUGAGGUGACAUACGGGGAGCUGGAGAAGGAGGAAGCUCAGCCCAUUGUCACUAAGUACAAGGAGGAGGCAAGGAAGCUGCUGCCCCCCUCUGAGAAGCGGACAAACCGCCGGAAUAAUCGAAACAAGCGUAACCGGCAGAACCGAAGCCGCGGCCAAGGCUAUGUGGGCGGGCAGCGCCGAGGCUACGACAACCGGGCCUACGGGCAGCAGUACUGGGGGCAGUCUGGAAACAGAGGGGGUUACCGUAAUUUCUACGAUCGAUACAGGGGAGACUAUGAUCGAUUCUACGGGCGAGACUAUGAGUACAACAGAUACAGAGACUAUUACAGACAAUACAACCGGGAUUGGCAGAAUUACUACUACCACCCCCAGGACAGAGACCGAUACUACAGGAGCUACUACGGUUACCAAGGGUAUCGGUGAAGCCCCUGCCAUUGUCGCCUGUCAGCCAUGAAGCUGAAUCUCUGGGGGUGCCAAGCACCCCCCAAAACACAACCAAGGAAAACAGGGGCUGUCGGGGUGGGGCUGAGCUGCCGGGGAGGGGCGGAGGGGGGAGGGUGCGCAAGCAGGGGUGGGGGAGGGGGGAGGCGGAAACAAAACAACAAAACUGUACAUUUUUUUUAAAGUUUGUUGAAAAGAAUAUUGUCUUAUUCUAUAAAACAUUUCAAACCUAGUUAGAUAUUUGUAAUCAAAAAACAUUUGCGCAGAAAGCAGCACUUAGGGCUGCCUGUCCUAUACCCUGCGGUCGGACAGGAAGAGAACUGAAAAUGUCACCCUUCUGACAUUCUAAGGCAGCUGGACUGGCAGCCGAGUGAGGGAGCGUGACGGCGAGGUGGUGCGGAGCAGGCGGGGAAGCGAGCAGGGCCACUCUCCGUAGCAGACAGAGUGGGGACAGGGGGAGAGCUUGUGAUGGGCAGUGAAAAUAAACGAUUGGCUCUUAUCAAUCACUUGCACCAACUAA